CAACAACAACCUCAACGCCAUCCCGUCGACACUACUCCUUACAAGGCUUGUUCCGCGACUUGCUUCUCGUGCGAAUAAACGGUUUAGGCGACAUUUCUUAUACAAUUCCUCGGUCGAAGCCCUCCAUGCCCCCCCACGAAGGUCUCGUCCAUUUGGAAGAGUAUGACUGGCGUGAUUCUAACGUUGCGUUGAUCAACUCGGAUAUUGAUCAUAAGGUUAAGCAUCAGUCCGCUUCUACAGAGCCAGCCUGGAACAAUGGCAUCAUUGGGUGCGAAACAGGCCUGUUCAUUUGGCGAAUUGAAAGUUUCGAAGUCGUGCCUUGGCCUCAAGAACAGUAUGGCGCGUUUCAUGAAGGCGAUUCCUACAUCAUUCUGAAGAGUGAGCGGGUAAAGAAAGCCGCAGGUGAACAGAGCGGCAAUGAGGAUAAGCUGGUGCAUGACAUCUUCUUUUGGUUAGGAAGCCAUACCAGUCAAGAUGAGGCUGGCACAGCAGCGUACAAAACAGUUGAGCUGGAUGAAUUUCUCCACGGAACGGCCAUCCAACAUCGAGAGCUACAAUCGGCACCUUCAGAUGCGUUUUCCGCAUUAUUCCCGCGCCUGAAGAUCUUGCGGGGUGGGGUACGCUCUGGCUUCACACACGUCGACACCAAUGAAGAACAGACACACACCGACACGCUGCUGCGUAUUUUCAAGCACCCCAGCGCUGGCGCGGGCCGCGAUUCCAUCCUCGUGCACGAGGUAGAGCCCACAUGGCAAAGCCUGGACGAGGACGACGUGUUUGUUCUCGAUAAGGGUGACAAAAUAUUUGUGUGGCAGGGCAAAAAUUGUGCACCGAUGGAGAAAUUGAAGGCGGCGCAAGUAGUCAACGACAUGACUAUCGCGAAGCAUGUGGAAGUGGAGGUCCUGAGUCAAGCGGAGUCGCGUUCCAGAGUAGUGGUAGAUUACCUGGGUGGCGGCGGUAUCAACCCGUUGCAAACCAGGUUCAAAUCUCCAAGGCCAGUGUCUAGCGCGACAGCACGCGAGGUGAAGAAGUUGUUCCGGCUAAGCGACUCUGAAGGCCAAUUGUCAUUCAGCCUGGCCAAAGAGGGAAAUAGAAUCGAGAUGAACGAUCUGGACGGAAGCGAUGUGUUCCUGUUGGAUUCAGGAAGAACUGUUUGGGUUUGGGAAGGAAGGGGUGCGAGCAGGGCAGAGAAAGCAAUGUGGCUCAAAGUUGUGCAGCGCUAUGUCGCGCAGCAGGGAGACGCGGCCGGAGUAUCUUUUGUGAAAGUGUCGCAAGGGAGCGAAGGCAGAGCCUUCGUUGCCGCUCUCCAAGCAUAGGUAUCCUUGCUCUAGGUUUAUCGGCUAUUGUUUUGGUUCGCCUCUGCUUCUAAAUGUGGCCUAGAAGUGUGGUUCUGGAGAGCGGAGUAUGCGUGAGAGUGCU